AUGAGCCUACAAACUCGAACAGUUACCAUCUCGAGUAUUACACCAUCUCUCUUCGAUCAGCUUCGUCGUGAACAUGGCGAAACACUCUCAUGUCCAUGCUCGAAAAUUACUAUACCCUACAAUGAAUUCGUUACCAAUAAUGUUUCAUUUCAUCCUCUUUGUUCAAGUCUUUUUGUCAGUCAACAAUGGAUUGAAGCACUUUAUUUGUUUGAUUCAAGUAUAUAUUUACCGAUGGAUUUUCGAACAACGGGUAGUACUCAAGUAAGUAAAGAUUUGUAA